AGUACUUGUUUAGUGUUGCUGACGAGACGCUGAUUUUUAUGGCCACUUUCCUCGUGGAAUAAGCCACACUCGUUGAAAAGUACCUAACUCUCAGUCUACAGAAACAUGUCUAAACUAAAGUCGUUUCGUGUAUUUUUAAAUGAGCGUUUAACGGUGGCUGCUGUGGAGAUUUUCGGGGCAGCUGAGAAAACGGUAGUGGAGUACCAGGAGGAGAAUGAUCGUCUACGGAGACUGCUGCGGAUCACACCGGAGAUAAAACUAUAUAGAAUAGACCUGCAGCUCUCUCUUUCUGUCUCUGAAGAGGGGGUUCCCUCUGAGCAGCAGCACUGUGAGCAGGAGUGGAGCCCCAGUCAGGGGCAGCAGGAUCCAGAGCCCACGCAGAUUAAAGAGGAACAGGAGGAACUCAGGACCAGUCAGGAGGAAGAGCAGCUUCAAGGGCUCUUUGAUACAAAAGAUUCCGUAUUCACUCCUCCUUAUGUGAAAAGUGAACUUGAUCAGGAGGACCCACUUCACAAAGCCAAACUAGCUGAAUACCCAACUCUCAGUCGACUGAAAAUGUCUAAACUAGAGUCGUUUCGUGUGUUUUUAAAUGAGCGUUUAAAGGCAUCUGCUGCUGUGGAGAUUUUCAGGGCAUUUGAGAAAAUGAUAGCGGAGUACCUGGAGGAGAAUGAUCGUCUCCGGAGACUGCUGCGAAUCACACCGGAGAUAAAACUAUGUAGAAUAGACUCCCUGCAGCUCUCUCUUGCUGUUUCUGAAGAGGAGGUUCCCUCUGAGCAGCAGCGCUGUGAGCAGGAGUGGAUCCCCAGUCUGCAGCAGGAGGACCCAGGGCCCACACAGAUUAAAGAGGAACAGGAGGAACUGGGGACCAAUCAGGAGAAAGAGCAGCUCUUUGAUGCCGAAGACUCCAUAUUCCCUCCUCCCUGUGUGAAAAGUGAAUGUGAUCAGGAGGAUCCACUUCAGGGCUGGACUCUUCCCCAAACCCAGACUGUGGCGAAUAGAGAGAGUGACACUAAAUCAGUGGAGCUCACACCUUUUGUAACAGUGACUCACAUAAAGGAUUUCAAAAUUCCCUGUGACCCUCCAGAUUAUCAAAACAAUGGCUCCAGCCACAGCUCAGCCGAAAACUGCGACCCAGUAGGACUUGACAGCAGCCCAAAAUUGCAUCCUAGCCCACUAUUGGAUCCAAACCUAUCAAUGGGGGAACAUUAUUCCAAACUUAGCAACAUGUCUAAAAAAAAACACCGCUGCCAUGACUGUGGUAAAAAGUUUGCUCUGAAACCAGACUUGCAGAAUCAUUUGACUCUCGCCAAGAAGAGACUCGGCGAAUGUCAGUUUUGCAAAAAACGCUACAACUCCACUUGUGAACUGAAGACCCAUGUCCGACUCUGUCAAGGUGGAAAACCCUGCACCUGCCCUGUGUGUGGCAAGACCUUCAAAGAAACAACAUUUCUGUCCAGGCACAUGAGGAGUCACACGGGAGAGGAACCAUUUAGCUGUGUUGACUGCGGUAAAAUCGUCAGUCUCAAGCAACUCACAAAUGUGGAAAUUCUGGACAUUUUUGUCAAUUCUGACAAUGAGUCUGAGUAUGAAACAGAUGAAUCAGAUUCUGACAGUGACAGUAAGGAGCUGCCGCCAAACCUCAUGGGCAUUGAGAACCCUGAAUCUGAGGACCCCUUGACCAUCGACAAAGUCCCAGGUCCCUCUGAAGAUGCUGGUGGUGAUGGAGGCAGACCAACAGUGGGUGAAGUACAGGAGGUCUGUGGAAGCUGGAAGGCCACCAGCCAUUUCACCCCUCCUGGCCUUGCUGUUGGCUUUGAUGAGUCCCAGUCUGGAGUAAAAAGCCCCUUGCCAACUCCCUCUCCAGCAGAGUGCUUCAAGCUGUUUCUGACAGAGAAGCUGGUGGGAGACAUAGUGGAGGAGACUAAUCGCUAUGCCUUGGAGCUACAGGAGAAGAGAGAGCCAGGAGUGAGGGGGAAACUCGCUAAAUGGGUGACAACCACAAUUAGUGAAAUGUAUACCUUCCUAGUGACAGUCCUUCUCAUGGGAAUAGUGAAGAAGAACUCUCUAAGGGAUUACUGGAGCACAGAUCCUAUGUUUGCAACUCCCUUCUUUGCCACCCUCUUUUCCCAAGAUCGCUUCCUAGUCCUGCUGCGAUGCCUGCAUUUCGUCAACAAUGCUACUGCCAACCUAAAUGACCCCUUACACAAAAUAAGAACUGUUCUUACCAGCCUGACAUCUGCAUUCAGUCAGGUCUUUAUGCCAUACAAGGACUUGUGCAUUGACGAGUACUUGAUGUUAUGGAAGGGUAGGCUGGCAUUUCGUCAGUACAUUCCCUCCAAAAGGCACAGGUUUGGGGUGAAGUUCUUUUUUUUGUGCGACGUGAAGACAGGAUUUGUCCAGGACAUUCUAGUUUACACAGGGUCCACCACUGACGUCCAACAUUAUGAGGGGCUUGGGGUGUCCGGGUCCGUGGUGAUGACCAUGCUGGCUCCUCAUCUCGGGAGGGGCCACACUUUGUAUGUGGACAAUUGGUACAGCAGUCCAACACUCUUCCAGCAUCUGUUCUCCAACAGCACAGGGGCCUGUGGCACAGUCCAAUCAAGCAGGAAGGGGAUGCCGUCAUUUGGAAGCAGGAAGAUGCAGAGGGGGGAGGUGGAGUUCAAGGAGAACGGUCAGCAGCUGGCAGUAAAGUGGCAUGACAAACGAGACAUCCAUGUCCUCUCCACUGUCCAUACAGCAACCAUGUCGGCCACAGGGAAGUUUGACCACCUGACGGGAGAGAGACACAUCAAACCAGACUGUGUGCUUGACUAUAACCGCAAAAUGGGGGCAGUGAAUAAGGCAUACAUGAUAAACCGCUUUGUGGCAUGCGCCUGGAAAACCACCAAGUGGUAUAAGAAGAUAUUUUUCCAACUGAUCGACACUGCUGUCCUCAAUGGCCACAUAGUUCACCGCCAGCUAUCAGGUGAGGUGAUUACCUACCAAAAGUACAGAGAGAACCUCAUGAGAGAGCUGCUGGAGGAGCACCACACCCCUCGGCGUCCACCCACUGGGGGCCGUCCUGCUGCAGACAAUCCCUUACGCCUCAAUGCCCGGCAUUUUCCCUCAAAUGUACCUCAAACUGCUGCACAAGGUAGUCGUACACGGAGGCACUGCAAAGUCUGCCUUUCCAGCACCAGGAGGAGGAAGCAGAGGAAGUUGACAAAGUACAUGUGUGUACCUUGUGACAUACCCCUGUGUGUUGCGCCGUGCUUUGGGGAGUACCAUACGCUCAAGCACUAUUGAGCACAUCUGCAGCAAUUACUGACUGACUGAAUUGAAAGGUGACCUGCCAUGAUACAAUGACUUUAGGGGUGGGGAUGCAGUUUUUGUUCAACCGCUACGUGAAUAUUGAAUUAUGGGCUAGGCAUGUUUGUAAUGAAAUGACAGUUGUCAUAGUUUUUCUUUCAUUUCUCCCUCCAGUAAAACUGUAAAGAAGUGUAUGUUCAAAGAAUAUGUUGUUAGAAUACAAAAGCUAGCCUCACUCUUCAUGAACAAAGAUGUCAGCAACUCCACUUCCAGUGAUGUUGGCAAAUUACGUUCAAUGUUGUUUGUUUCUGAAAGUAAAUAAUAUAGAUGAAUGAUUAGUAAUUACAGUAGAAUAUCAGGAGUUAGCAAUAAAACAACAUUACAAUGAAGUAACAUUACACUGCAAUAAGAAUAAUAAACUGCAUUUACAACAUGA